AUGUCAGACGAGGUGAUACAGUCGCUGUGUUUGUGGACGAAUGUCCGUGCAACCAAGUUCUUCAGGGACAACCCAACAAUAAAUCCCAACAAGUUUAUGGGAAAAAAGUGGCUUGAUGUCACAAAGGAUGAGAUGAAUGUCUUCUUAUGUCUGCAGCUACUGAUGGGAGUCAACAAGUUGCCAAAGAUAGCAGACUAUUGGAGUCUCUCUGUGCUCUGCCAGGGCCCCCCUGUGUUCACAGCUGCUGUAAUGAGUAGGAAUAGGUUUUCUCAGAUCCAACGGUUCAUUCGUUACUCACAUCCUGAUGACAGCAAGAAAGAAGACCCAAUGACCAGACUUUCAUCAUUCUUCAACAUGCUGAGGGAGAAAACCACCAAGUACUUCUCCGCUGGGGAGAAUUUUGCUGUUGAUGAGAGUCUUAUUCUCUACAAAGGGCGGCUUCGCUUUCGCCAGUAUAUAAAAACGAAAAGGAAGCGGUUUGGCCUCAAGCUUUUCUCCCUCUGCCCCAGCUCCCCCAAGGCCAGAGGUUAUACCUGGAACUUUUGUUUGUACAGCCAUCGUCUCUAUGAUGAGAUGCUGGAUAAUCCAGAGUUAUCAGCCUUGUCUAAGUCUGAAAGAGUGACAGUAUAUUUGAUGCUGGACCUUCUGAAUAAAGGACGUCAUGUAGUACUCGACAACUGGUACUCUUCACUUCACCUUGCUGAGUUUUUGCUGGAGAGGGGCACACUAACCACAGGAACUAUACGCCCAAACAGAGGAGUCCCACCUAUUAUGAAAAAUGAGUCUCUAAGCAGAGGUCAAGCACUGUUUUCCAGGAAAGAUGAAAUUCUCCAAGUAAAAUUCAGAGAUACCAAGUAUGUGCACGUCAUCACAACAAAGUAUGAAGCAGGGUUUGUAGAGAGGACUCGUGUCCUGAAGGGAGGAAAGCAGGAGUUCAUCAAGAAACCAUCACCAAUUCAGAGAUAUAAUGAGCAGAUGGGGCAGUGGAUUUGGUUGAUCAGCUGUUGGAGCCACCUGAUCCAACACGAAAAUCAUAUACAUGGUUCAAGAAGCUAG